AUUCAUUUUUCCAUCACCUGCUUAGAAACAAGAAACCGGUCUCCUCCAUAUCACGACAUUUGCCCCGACUUUGACAGCCAGGGAUUAUUUCGGUUCAGACCAUAACUUGCCCCUCACUGUCGACGAUGGCUAUACACUCUGCUUUCACAGUCAAUAAAUAUUCAGCAGGACUUGUCAUUCAGCUACGCGUGAUAACGCGACCAUGUCAGUUCCGAGUCCAAGCAGCGUCCGACAAACGAGUGCCCGUACCCCUCUGAAUCAUUUCAACGCACUCACGACUGCAUGCAUCCUUCUCGAACACAUACAGUCUCUCGAACGACUCCGUGACGAGACACAAUACCGCGUGGAAUCUAAGAGAAAGACAGGUGCACUUUUCUGGAGGCGAACUACUCGGAAAUGGAGGCUUCGAGAGGCUUUGUCGGAGUCCACCGUCACACAGGAACAGAUGCAGCACACACCCACCUCCGCACGCAAUCAUUACCCAUCACCUCGACUUCGCGGACUAUACGACGUUCAUGGUCCCGGAUGUGCCAACCAGGACUCUCUACAGACUACGGCCGAUUUUUCCCCACUGAGUCUUGCCGAUCUUUCUGUCUACGGGAGGGGUCAUGAAGUAGUCUGGGAGGAUGACGAUGACGAAGCUUUGCUGUUUCAAUCUGCCGAUGAAGCUGUUGAGGAUUCUGCAGGAAGCAGAGACACUUCUGAAGGCUCCUUGGACUGAGCUCACUUGUCCCGCCCCUCCUUCCCACCUUGUUUCUUCCCCGUCCAGGGCCACCUUCAUUACCCAAGGUUUCCCACCAGUAUUCGGUUCUACUGAUAACUUACUGACUAUCUUUGCCAGAUCCUGACCGUACUCUUGCACCGACCAGGCACGCAUCGAACAGGUACCGAUCCAUCGCCCGCGGCAAGAAGUCUCAUGGUUCCCCAUCAGGCAUGAAGGGCAAAGGGGUCACACGUCGUGGAACUUCUAAACGCGGCAACGCUGUUCAAUCCAGGGCAAAGAAGGCUUUGAGCAGAAUUUUGCACCAUAAGAAACUAGGCAUCGCCGCUGCUGGAUUUCAUGUAUAGGAACUCAGUCAUGACUCGGUUAUUACUCUUUCGUAUCGCUGGCGUAUCAUGAUGUCUGUCUGCAUUUAAAUGUUACGUUUCAAUUCUCUGGCGAAUGCAUUGUGAAC